UUUGGGGGGCAGACCGCGGUGCUGAGAGGUUUGGAGGGCUGGUAGGGGUGGGCACGUGCCCUGGUACAGGAGCAGGAGGUGGUGGCUGGGAAAGAGAAUUGGCACAGCUUACGGCUCACAUCCUCCUCCCCGUUCAUGCUGGGCUUACCCCCUUCCCCUGUCCCAUCCCCAGCUGCCUGGCGAGACCCUGAGGAGCUGCCUUUUGUGGGAGGAGGAGGCCCUGCAGGCCCCCAGGCCCCUACCCAGUUGGUCGCAGCAGGCCAUGAUCUCAGCCAGACCGCUCUCCCUCACCUCCCAUCUCUUUGACUCCCCAGCACUGUGGGGUCACCAUCACCCUGGGCAGCCAGCUAAUGUGCCACCCUUCCCAAGGAGGGUAGGGUGCCGGGGCACAGGGCCUGAGAGAGAAGUGCUGCUCACUGCCCCACCCCACUCCACAGAUGGGCAGGAUGCCUCCAGAAGGCGGGGGCUGGCCUCUCUGUGGCAUAGGGGCAGGAUUGGAACUGGCCCUUGCUGUGGCGCUGUGACCCAUUCUCUGGGGUCAAGUGAGGACAGAGGGCAUCCACCGGUGGAAAGGCAGCCUGGAGGAGGCAGCCAGCCCUCAGCUAUGCUGGGCUUAGGGACCGGCCCUGGCAGCAGGAUGCCAGCGGAGACAGUGCCUCAGCACGAGUGCCCUCUUGCCCAGCAGCCCCAAUCUGCGCCCUACUCCUUCAUGUGGCUCCAUCCCCUGAUCUUGACCCCCAGGGCAUCCUCAGUGGCUGUCUGGUUCCCUGCAUUGGCGCCCCCUUCUGGCCCAAUGACCUCCGGAAGUAGCUUGCUUUCUCUGGGCUUCAGUGUCUUUGUGGAAGCUGAGCCUGGGCUCUGACCAUGCUCAGUGUGUCCCAUGUCCAGGCUCUGGCUCUCUGCUUUGCCCUUGAGUCCUUGGCCUGCAGGAUGGGUACCAGCUCAGCUCAUCCUUCUGAGAAAGGGAGCAACAAAAUCUGGACCCAUGCCCCCUCCACCGCACGGUGGGACCUCCCAUGCAUCAGAAACCUCCAGCCUCCGCCUCUCUUCUCACAUCUGGCAAUCUGGCGUUGCCCCCCACUCCCAAGCCCCAUACAGGAUGCACCGGGCCGCGCUGAGGCUGCAGACCACAGAGCCCUAUGUGGGUGGGUCCACGGCUGCCUCACCACUUGGCCCUGCUGACCGGUAUGGACUGGAGCCCCGCCGUGGCCCUGGCCUGCAGCUCCAGGGACCCCAGAAGCAGUCGUCAGCCAUGCCAAGAGAGUCCAGCAGCCAGGCCCCAGUGGAGUCCCGGUCCUGUGCGCCUGCCCGUGGGGGCUGUGUAGCUGCAUCUGGUGGCCCCCACCAACACAGACGGGCAGGUCUGGGUGUGUGCAGCCGAACAAUACCUUUCAGCCCUCCUGGCAGACUUUGCCCCACACCACCUGUUCAGGCUCCCUUCUUAUCACUUCCUGCUUCAGGCAGGUGAGCUGUGCCCUCCCCAUGGGAGCCGUGUCCUGCCCGGUCCUGGGUCUUACUCUCAUCGGCCUCGCCUGCCACCCCCCACCCCCAGGCCUGGGUCAGCCUUAGGGGUGGCAGACAUUCUGAGGGUCCCAUGGGGCUCCGAGCAGCAGCAGAGACCAGAGGACAGCCCAUUGAGGAGCCAGCCCCGAGGAGGGCAGCAGCAGCUGUGUAGGGCGGUACCAUGAGCAACAGCACCUGUGUCCCCAAAGAGCUCCCCUGGCCCUCCUUGGUCAAGACUGUCCUGUCCACCUACACGGGGCUGCUGCUGGGUCUGGGGCUGCUGCUCAACGGCCUGGCGCUCUGGGUGUUCUGCAGCCGUAUGCGGCGAUGGACUGAAACCCGAGUCUACAUGGUCAACCUGGCAGUGGCCGACUUCUGCCUGCUCUGCACCAUACCCUUCUUCCUACACUCCCUGAAGGAGAGGACCACAGACACGCCCUUCUGCCAGCUCUCCCAGGGCAUCUACCUGGCCAACAGGUACAUGAGCAUCAGCCUGGUCACGGCCAUCGCCGUGGACCGCUAUGUGGCCGUACGGCACCCACUGCGUGCCCGGACACUCCGCUCCCCUCGCCAGGCUGCAGCCGUGUGCGCGGCGCUCUGGGCACUGGUGGCCGGCUUGCUGGGGCUGCGCUGGGCCCUUGGCGUGCAGGAGGGCGGCUUCUGCUUCUCGAAUGCAUCCCGGCAAAGCUCCAACACCACGUUCUUCUCCCUCCUGGGCUUCUUCCUGCCUCUGGCUGUGCUGGUCUUCUGCUCCCUGCGCGUAGUCACCGCCCUGGGCCAGAGGCCGACAGCCAGCCCAGACCAGGCAGAGGCGACCCGAAGGGCCACCCGCAUGGUCUGGGCGAACCUGGCUGUGUUCAUGGUCUGCUUCCUACCCAUUCACGUGGUGCUGAUAGUGGUCGUGGCCACGAGCUUGAACACCUCUGCCAUCUGCUAUGCACUCAUCAUCACAGGCAAGCUCUCGGAUGCCAACUGUUGUCUGGACGCCAUCUGCUACUACUUCAUGGCCAAGGAGUUCCAGGAGGCAUCUUCGCUGGCCUCAAUGCCCAUUGCCAAGGCCCAUAGGAAUGAGAACUCCCUCUCUGUGACCCUUGCCUAGAACAAGUUGUGGACACAUGGGCCAGGUCCCAGGCUCUCUGGGAGGUCCUGCCUGCUGGGGCAUCCCUGAACUCGCUGUGGCUGUUGGGCAUGCUCCAGGAGCCUGGCAGGGUGGAAGGGGUGCGGGCACAGACCCUGAGGCAGAGUUGUCCCAACCCCUGGGAUGGAAGAGGGUUGGGACCAGAGCAGGAGGCCUGAAGGCUGAGUGAGGCCAAUCUUGGACAGGGCCAACACUGGAGCGCCCAGAGUCUGGUACCCCUGGGGUACUGGAGUGUAUGUUUGCUCUGUGCUGUGACGCCUCAGUGGGCAGCCUUCUGCUGUCCCCCAGGGCUGGGCCUGGACUGUCAAGGGUCCCCCACACUCUCAUGGUAGGAGGCUGGGGUGUCUUUCCAGGUGGCUUUCAAGGACUCUCCAUCCAGGGACUCUCCUUGAGUCACUCCACCUGCUUCCCACCCCCUGGCCCACUCCCAGCCAUCUGCAGGUCUCCUGGGGGCUAUGGGCAGCUCUCGGAAGGGCCAUACUAAAGGCCCACAGCCUGCUUUCCUCCUGCCAAGGAAGAAUCAGGACCGCUCGACACCCUGUAGGGGCUGCACAGAUGCAAUGGGCUGGCGGUGGGCUGGGGGACAGUGGGGAAGGGGCCAAGGUCUGUCGAGGGGGCACGCUCCCUUCAUGAUUUCUUUAGGGAAGCUGGAGGACCCUGCCUGGGGGCUGCAGGACCUGGAGGUCCUCAGGCGGGGGUGGGAGUGCCCAGGCCUGUGUGAGCUGUACCUUAACCCUUCCUUGGCCUCCCUGCUUGGGCCUGGGCACCCCCACUCAGGCUGGAACUACCAGGGCCUUCUAGGGCCCCCUGUGGUGCUGGCCCGAGGGGCUUGGCUUCGAAACCCCAGCCCACCUGCCUCCCUGGAUACCAAAGAGCCUCCCUUUCCUAUUCUUCUGUCUAUGUGCUUGGAGCCCAAAUGUCCCGGCUUUGGGCCCCUGCAGCUGAGGCAGUUCCUCAGGGGCCCCACGGGGAGUGGUCCCUGCUCAGGGAGGUCCACGCUUAGGGGACCUCUGCUCAGGGAUGGGGCUGUCAGGGGGCCCGUGCAACUCAAUCUACGGCUGUCCUAUGCUGGGGCUCAGAUGCCCCCUCCACCGUUGGGGACCCCUGCCCUUUGUCACCUUGGGUAGGGAGUGCCGACCCUGCCCCCGCGACGUGCACCAGGGCUGGGCCAGGCAGCACUCUGUGCUGAGAAGGCGUGCAGAUGGCCAGGCUUGUCGGGUGGAGCAGGGCCGGGGGGAACGCAGCCAUAUGGACUAGCCCAGCUCCCCUGUGUUCUCCCGUGCUGUAGGCUCGCCAGGGAUGUCCUUGGGAGGGCGGGGGCGCUGGGAGGAGACCUUUUCGGGGUGGGGCUGGAGCUGCUGGGUGGCGGAGGCAGCUGGCUAUGCUCCUAGGACACCAGCCUCCUGAGAAGGGCCCCCCACGGCUCCCCCUUGCUGGCCCCCGUCUGUGGCUGGGGAAGGGGAUGGGUGUGCCCUCUGUCCCUCACGCCACUCCUGACUCCCAGCAAGUGCAGGCAGCUGGACUUUCACAAAAUUCCCAAAGGAGCAAGAAAAGGAGCCAAGGCAAAAAUCACAGAUGUUAAACAUCCAAAGAACUGACUUCUGGACACUAAUCAUGGCCCAUACACUCUGCGAGGCUUUUGGGCCGGGUCAGACCACAUGGAAUACCUUUGCCCUAACACCCCCCACUCUGGCUCAGAUGGCUUACGGGGCAGUUGGGCACACUGGUCAGGACUGGGCUCACCAUUAAUUAGCAAGCAACGGGCAUAUGAAAGCAGGCUCACUUUGAGGUUGCAUCAACAGGAGUAUAGGGCCCAGAAUGCAGGAGGACACCAGUUCGUUCUUCUGCUAGGCUUACAUCUAGGGUAUUUUAUCUGGCUAGGGACACUGUUCUGUCCCAUGCCAUAGUCAUCUGGAGGGGGUCUGGAGUGUAUAGGCUGGUGAGGGCCGGGCAGCAACCAGAGGAAGUGUGAGCAGCAAGUGACGGGAGGUGCCUUCACCUCCAGCAGAUGAAGCAGGAGGUGGUGGCAUCUGUGGUCUCCAAGCAGCAGACAGAUCAGGAUGGCUGUGGAAAGCAGAGCCAUGAUGGGGAGGGACCCAGAAAACGACCCAGGACCGGGGUGUGUCCAACCAGAGAGCUGCACGAGACACAGCUGUACAUAUCCAGGAAUUUGCACACAGAAGGAAGGUGCUCCUGGGGGGACCAUGUCACCUGAUUCCUAAUCGUCUGUGUGUCAUCCGGCCAAUGUCCCUUGUCUGUGGCUGUUUCCUCUGGGGCAGCUUGCUUCUCUGUGAAGGCUCUCUGUCUCUGCUGGGGGUUGGAGCCUGGCUGCAGCUGGCCUCAGGAGAAAGUAUUCUGAGGGAGGAGGCUGGCAACCCAUGGGCAGAGCUGAGCUUGGCCUCCUGUUAUCGGGGACCCACCCGCUGCUGUGCACCAGAGAAACCUUCCCUAAGAACACGUGUCUAUCUUCUACAGGGCCAGGGUGUAUCAACCAGAGGCAGUACCACAGCAAGGGGGCUCUGCAGGGUCUUGGGGAACGGGUGCAGGUGUAGGGCUGCUGCCCAGCCCCCCUGUGCAGGGGCAUGGCAGGGUUUGGGCACCCCAGGGGCCCCAGGGAGGGGGGCAGCAGAAUACAGUGUCCACCCGACCAGAAGGUCAGUGCUUCAGGAAACUACUGCCCACAUUCCCCAAGUGACCAUCCAGAUAGUGGCCCCCCGAGUCUGACCACGUGAAACCCGCUGGGGGAAGCAGCCUGUCCAUCUCAUGAGCUGGCAGUGAAAGGGUCUUCCAGCUCUUGCCUCCCCGGAAGGGUACACAGGAGGGCAGAAAUGACAUUGACGACCAAGAGACCCCUCCCCCCACAGGAUUGGGACCACACACCUCUCAGAGCAGGGGUGUCCUCGCCACCCUUUCAGAGCCCCUGCCGCACACAAGAUGGCUGAUGCGCUGGCGCCCAUCGCUGCAUCUGUGUGGCGGGCCGUCCCUCCCAGCGUCCUCCUAGCACCUGCCCUCAGCUUACCCCCAUCAUGGCUUCACAGGCCAUGUUGUUCCAGUGUGAGGUGUCCCCGACUCAUGGGAAAAUGGGCUCCCCCACAUGCCUCUGCUUCCUUCCAGGCUCUCCCGAGCCGGGGCCAGUUCUCAAUUUCCUCUGAUGCCCUUCCUCCUGCAGGUGGUUGGCAGACCCUCUGCAGCCCCAGGCCUGGACCCUCUCCCUGGGGCUGCUGGCACAGCCAAGGGCAGGGCCGCCCUGGUGCUCGGGCAGGCUCACACUCCUGCAUCGGGGUGGCUUCCAGAAGUCUCUGAGAGGGAGGUUUGCAUGCAGGGGUUUCCCGAGGAGUGUGCUUGGGAAUCCUACCCUCAAUGGUGCUAGCAGAGUGGGGAGGGCCAAGGGACAGGCUUCCGUACCCGUGGGGGCCCUGCACUGAGAUGACGCAGCCGAGAACACAGGUUGCCAUGGACACAUGGUCCCUGAGGCCCUGUGUUACUUUGCUGAGGGCAAGUCCAGAGGGGAUGUGGGCUGGGCUGUGAACUCUGGCAGGAAGGGCAGGCAGCAUGUGCCUUGGUCAUUAUGGGGGCCCCUGGCAGCACCCCACAACGUCCACUACAGCCUGCCACCCUGUCAGGCUGGGUGCUUGGAACCCUGAGCGGCAGCUCUCCUUGGCUGUGGGGGAGGGGGAUGCGGCUGAGGGUCUCUGGGUUCUCCAGUCCCGAAGGAGGCAGGUAUCCUGUCAAAGGUCUCCCCAGCCAGUGCCAAUCAUGGAUGUGUAGAGGUGGGGGGCACCACCUGGCCCAAACUGGCCUCCUGGAAGCCGCAUGCAGGCCCUGCUCUGCCCCGUGUGGGAGGCCAGUCCCUGCAGGCUGGAAGUGCCCUCGCUCUCUGGCCCCGGGCUCCAGAUGGCUGCAGAGGUGGCCCAGGGCUGUGGUCAGGAAGCAACGUGGUGCAGGGUGUCACAGAUGGCAGGCAGACACAGCGGGAGCCAGGCACACAGAGACCAGAGCAGGGGGCUCUGAGCAGGGGUGCCCCCCUGCCAGAUGCCCUCAGACACAUGACCGUACCUGUGCACAGAGAGCACAGAGCCUGUGAUCAUGGCUUUGGGCUCUAGUCUGGCUGUGCGGACAGUGGCCCAGCCCAGCUCCCCAAGACCCCAGGCCUCCCAGACUGGUGAGUACCCCCCAAGCCUGUGGCCCCCUGCUGUCCUCUCCGUGAGCCCUGGCCUGUCCUCUCCCUGCUGGCCAGUGGAAGCUGGGCAAAGGGCUCCCAGGUGCAGGGCCCCAGGCUGGCUUGCAUCGAGCCCCGUGCUUCCCACUUGAGGACCGCACUGCGCUCCAAGAACAAGCAGGCGUAGGGCAAGGGCUAGGGGGACAGUUAGCGUCUGUUUGAGGUAAGAUAGUUGGGGGGUAAGGAGUGAGGGACAGAGGUAGAGCUGGGGGGACAGAGAUGGGGAGACAGUGGGAGGGACAGAGAUAGAGCUGGGGGAGAGAGAGGG